GGAAGGCUUAUAAAAAGUAGUUUGGCAUUACUAAACUUUUUGAGCCACUCAAACAUACCCCACUCCACUCUUGAAUAUAAAGCUCAGUCACGCUCCAGUUCCUUUUAAUUUCUUCCUCCAUAUUCUAGAGAGAGAGAGAGAGAGAGAGAAAGAGAAUGGAUCCACCGGAAGUUCAAUCUAUUGAAAGGAAUCCUCCAAUGGAAGACGAUCAAGAUAAAGCCAUUGACCAGUGUUAUUUAAGAUCAUGGGUGAUGGAUUCUAUAUAUGACGCUCAACGCGACCAAGCCCAAGCUGACCGCAAACGCCCUGGCUUUGAAGUUGUUGGUCGCCGUGAAUCCCCUACUAUCCGCGCUGCUGAGACUUUAGUUCUGUCUGCCGCCUACGCUUACGGAAUUCCCCGAGAACUCCGCUAUUCUGCACCCUCUACCUACAUCCCGAACGCUGCCGUUCUGAUGCUCCUCGUCCGCCACAUGGACAUUGCUAUGGCUUCCACCAAGCACUGGAUAGGCAACUGCCUGUUCUGGACCCCCGUCCAUUCUUUAAUCUAUGUGUCUAUGCUCUAUUAUAUCCAAAUCAUGAGAGCAAUGGACUGUGCCAACCUUAUUCGAACUGGAUCAGAACUUUCUGCUCUUCUCCAGACGAUCAAACUCCAUCACCGCUUCGAUAAUUUAUGGGUUCCCGGACCUCUAGUCCAAUUUUUCAAAAGCAUCUCCUGCUUUCUCCCUUUCCAAGACAACUCUUUUGGUGUUGUUUCUCCACGCCUCCCCGAUACCCCCGGUUGGAGCCGAGCAAACACUCGAUAUGGAUUUCAACCCCCCUACAAUCUGAUGAUGCCCAACAUUCCAGCCUUAUUUUCAAGACUAUCAAAUAUCUGCGCUGCCGCCCGGCGCGAGAAUGCCACAGACACCACAUUCCAAAAUGAUGUCGACGGCCCCAACCACAUGUCUCGCCUCUUUGGCCGCCCUCUCACUGAUGAUCAAAUCGAUCAAGGCAUCGCCAGUUCUCCUGGUAUGAAUUGUACUACUUCCGGCUCACUCAAGCUCUGGCAAAACUCGUAUCCCCGGAAUAGCCCAUUACCCCCAGCUCAAUCAAGUGUCCGAUACCUGGACUUCCUACUUGGGCCUCUCUUCCCAAGCCAAUUGGUUUGGUUCUAUCGCUUCUGUAAUGGCCAAGUAUUGCCAACAUUGGAAAGGUUCCUGCUACCUGUCCGAAUGCCACCCCAACACCUCCGCUGCUGCCGCGGUCGUCACAUCCCCCGAUGGCGAUCCGCACAUGUUCAACCCCCCCGAGUGGGUUGUUCCUACUGGCAACCAUGGUGGCACCGCUCACUACACACUCCACACGGACCGCACUCUCAUUGUCGACGCCCAGACUGCCAUCAAGGACAUCCCUGAUUCUAUGUAUCAAGCUGCUGUCACUUAUGCCAUCAACCUUCACCCGCCCAACAGUGGACGCGACACCCGUCUAGGAGACUUCUGGCGCAUCCGCCCUCCUGUUGCCGUCCGGCAAGAUAUCUCCAUCCUCAAAGGGAUUGCGACCUCUAUCUACUGCGACCUCCACAGCGACACCCGGAUCGACCACACCCGCUAGCUAGCAACCACGCUUGCUGAAGCCAACCACUAUGCCCAAGACAAAGGCUGUUGGCCCAACUUAUGGAGUAGACGCUAUCCGUUCCUCCAUGAUUUUGCGUUUCUUUUGUUUAGUCGAGCUCAUCGACUUUUAAAUUUUUUGUUUAAGCUGUUGACACAGCUUUUUUUUUAAUGUGCUGAAAAAAAAAAAAAAUCAUGAUUGAUUUGCCCUCUCGUAUAGUAUUAUUUAAGGUCAUGAUUGAUAUGGCAA